AUGUCCGUUGCUUCCUCUUCAGCGAGCCAUGCCGGUCCUUCCAGCUCGUCGGCAGCAAUUGAGCAGCCAGCGCUGCCUCCGCUCGGCGACCUCUUCGCCCGUUCUUCGAAACGUGCGCGCAUCCUGUUUCGCAUCGAGGACGACUAUGACUUUGACAACUUUGGAGACGCUUCUGCUCUCGAACCGGCAAAAGCACACCUCUCCUCAAAGAUCAGCUCCGAGUAUGCCGAUGCCAAGGUGCUGCCACCUGCCAUCCUCGCACAGCAGCAAGCCGCUGCAGGUCCUGCCCGUCCGGGCGCACCAAGUGCAGCGGGAGCAGCGAGACCAGCCAAGAGGAGAGGCGACGAGACGCAUCUAUCCCGGCUGAUCGAUCAGAUCGACGCCGGCGGUUCGGCAUCCGCACCCGGCGGGGUUGGGCCAGUGGGUCCAUCGACAAGCCAGGCGCUUACGAUCCGCAGCAACGGUGCAGCCGGUGCAUCCAACGGACACUCGGCAGCUUCUGCGGGUGGAUCAAACGCCCUUGCGCUGGCGUCACAUCGCGGUGGAACCUCGGGACUGCUCUCUCAAGCGCUCAUCCAGAAGAAGGAGAUGGCGAGUCGCAAGGCCAAGCCCGCGUUCCAUCCCAACUGGAAGCUCGCCCGCGUCAUCUCGGGUCACCUCGGCUGGGUGCGCUGCGUGGCGGUGGAACCGGGCAACAAGUGGUUCGCGACCGGCGCAGGCGACCGCAUGAUCAAGAUCUGGGACCUCGCCUCGGGCGAGCUCAAGCUCUCGCUCACUGGCCACAUCUCGCCCGUACGCGGCAUUGCCAUUUCCGACCGACAUCCGUACCUCUUUUCGGCGGGCGAAGACCGCGUGGUCAAGUGCUGGGACUUGGAGACCAACAAGGUCAUCCGACAGUACGGUGGCCACUUGUCGGGCAUUUACUCGCUCGCGCUUCAUCCCACUCUGGAUCUGAUCGUCACAGGUGGCCGUGAUGCUACGGCGCGUGUGUGGGACAUGCGUACAAGGCAGGCUGUGCACGUCCUGACUGGCCACCGCGGCACCGUCGCAUCCGUGGCGUGCCAGGCUUCCGAGCCGCAGAUCAUCUCGGGCUCCAUGGAUGCCACGGUCAAGCUGUGGGAUCUCGCCGCGGGCAAGUCGAUCACCACGCUGACGCACCACAAGAAGAGUGUGCGCGCUCUCGCCAUCCACCCGACGCAGUACACGUUUGCAUCCGGCAGUGCGGGCGGCAACAAUAUCAAGACGUGGAGAUGUCCCGAGGGUACGCUUGUCAACAACAUGGCUCACGACACGCUCGUCAAUACGCUCAGCGUCAACGCCGACGGCGUGCUCUUCAGUGGCGGCGACGACGGCAGCCUCAAGUUCUUCGACUAUGCCACCGGCGUGCCCUUCCAGGUGGCCGAGGAUCUGCCCCAGCCAGGAUCGCUCGAUGCCGAGGCGGGCGUAUUCUGCUCCACCUUUGACCAAACCGGCACGCGUCUGAUCACCGGCGGCGCCGACAAGACCAUCAAGAUCUACAAGGAGGUCACCGACAGAGCAAGCAAAGCCAGUCACGGCGCCGUCGCCACGCCAGUUCGACGGCUGCCUUUUCCGCUAUCGUCACGAGGCAUGGCGCAGCAGGGAAGGGGUGUCGGCUCGCAUCCGGAUGAGCCGCCACCCAAGCGACGCACGCUUCAGAUCAAGCUUGGCCGACCACGACCGCCAGCAGAGCUCGACACGCCCGAACAGGCCUCGCCCUCGCUCAACCGCAGCCGGCCCACCAGCUCCCUAGGUGGCAUACGCAUCUCGCUCAAGAGGAAAGCUCCUGCAUUCGAUGCAUCACACUCGACGCCAACACGCUUCUCGAAUCUGCACGACUCGGACGACGAUGGGCAAGAUGAUGACGCCGACGAUGGCGAGCUCGACAACCAGCCUGUAGCCUCGGCCGAUGCAUCGGACCAGGACGACGACGAAGACGAUCAAGAUGACGAUGAGGACCGGGAAGACGGCGAGGAGGACGAGGACGAAGAAGACGAAGAGGGCGACGAGGACGCAGGCGGAGCGGAUGCAGGCUCUUCGGCAGCCCAUGGCACGGCAGAUGCCAACGGCAUCGCCACCGAAGCUGGCGCAUCCGGCGACAACGCUCCGGCACCACGCCUGCGUGGAAAGAACGGAGCAUUCAAGAGCACGGCCAACGGCAGCAGCUCCAACCCUUUCCGCCGACCCAUCAAGCGUCUGCGCUCAAAAGGCCUCUACGAAGCCAUCCCCAAGCUCAUCGAAAACCUGCAGCGUCGCGACAGCUAUAAGUUCUUCUGCGAGCCCGUCAACCCAGACGAGGUGCCUGGCUACCUGGACGUGAUCAAGACGCCCAUGGACUUUGGCACCAUGCAGCGCAAGGUCGACGACCGCCUUUACAGCCACAUGGACGAGUUCAAAGCCGAUUUCCAGCUCGUCAUCUCCAACGCGCAGACGUUCAACCCCGAGGGUACGCUCUACCACAACGAAGCCAAGCGCAUCGCCACGUGGGGCAACCGAGCCAUCGAGCGCGAGGGCAUGGCUGUCAACGACAACGGCCGCGCCGGCGUCAAGGGCGACGAGCUCCGGCGCCAGAAGAGGAUGGCGCGCGAGGCUGCGUCUAUCGCAACUGGCGGCGGCAUCAUCGAAGUCGCCGACGCUUCGGGACGGCGCGUCCUGCGUGGCGCAGUGCAGCAGCAGAAUCAGGCGCUGCAGCGCGACGCAUCCAUACCCCCGCUUGGCGAUGCGCAAGUGGCAGUGGGCUCGGAUGCCACAGGUGGUGAGAUGACCACUCGUCUAGGCGCGCGCGGGUCGCAGUUCGCAUUCAGCGCAGGCGUGGAGGCAAUCAUGGAGGCCGCACGCGUCACAUCGCAAGCCAGGCAGCGUGCCGCAGUCGCUCUCGGCCUGACGGGCGGAACGCUUACGCGCGAGGACUCGGUUCAGCCCAGCGGUGGCGCGCACGGCGGCGAUGCCAACAUGGAUCUGGACGACGACGACGACAUGGAUGUCUCGGACGACGAGGGCGCACGCGCCGGCUUUGCGGGCGGAAGGGACUCGCGCGAACGAUCCGUGACCUUCGAUGGACCAGCAGGCUCAGGUAGCCGUCGUUUGGGCUCGUCCCAGCCUGGCGGCACGCCUUCGACUCCCAUGGGUCAGCGCCAGGCCAGCCCCGAUGCGCUGCGUAAGCGACUCGCGGCGGUGACGGGCACGCCCAUCCAGGCGCUCGCCAGUCCCAUGGGUCCAGGCACAGUAGGAGGCACGGGCAAGGCAUCCAAGCAGAAGCUCAAGCAACGCCUCGGAGCGCCCGGAACGCCCAAGCGUCUGCUCGCUCGAACCGGGCUCACCGGAUCGGCCACACCAGGCGCAGGUGCCGAGAGUGGAGCCGAGGCCGCAGGCACACCGGGUCUUGCCACCGAUCCCUCGGCUGCUGCCGCAGCAGCCGCACAGCUGAUGGCCAAUCUGUCACAGACGCAGUUGCAGCCAGGUUUGGGCAGCUAUUCGUUCGACGACGAUGGCUCGAUCAACCCAGAUGACAUCGAGGACCUGCACACCUUCCUCACGCUCCACCGCACGGGUCGCCACGUGCUCAUGCCGAUGCUCGAAUCGCUGCAUCCGAUCGGCUUUAUCCCGGGCGACUACACCGGCUCCAGCGCCGGCGACAAGCCGAAACCGGAUUCGGCGGCCAAGGACAAGGAAGCGGAAAAGGGCAAGGAGAAAGUCAAAGACAAGGCGGACGAAGGCGACGACGACGACGAUGAUGGUAAAGGCGAGAGCAAGGAGAAGGGCGACAAGGAUCCGCUUUCCUCGCUACCGCCCGCGCGUCCUGGUGCACCCGACCCGCUCUACUCGGCGAUCGCGCCCGAACCCGAACCUCUGCACACCAACCUCAGCCACGACGUGGAGCCGCUGCCGCCUCACUUUCGCAAUCUGCCGUUUCUUGCACCGAGCAUUGCGCCCAAGGGGGCUCGUGAGGCUGGUGGCCUGCCGCACUCGUGGAGCAAUCCAGCGUACGUCGAGGCGAUCAAGAACGACAAGCGGCCCAAAAAGCAGAAGGACAAGGAGCGCGAGAGGGAGAAGGAGACGCUCGAGGACUGGAGCUAUUUCCGACCCACGCUGACUCGGCUGCUUGAGAUCACGGAUCUGGGGCCGUUUGGUGCGCUGGUCCCGGCUAUGCAAGCAUCGGACGGCCCGAGGGCUGCAUCCCAAAGCAAGUCUGGCACGGCGGCAAAGCAAGACGACGACGCGCGAGAUCAUGGGCUGGCUACGACUGCACUCGCGCAGGACGGGUUGGAAGCGAUCAAGGCCGAGCUGCAGGACAAGCGCGAGGGUUUCACACUCCCGCGCAACGUCAAGGAUCGAUUCGUUGAAGCUGCUCGCACUGGUGAGGCAAAGCGCACAGGUGCCUUGUUCACCGAGCGCGAGAGGCAGGAUGCUAGCCGGAUAGUGGCGGACAUGGUGUACGGCGGGGUGGAGGGCAGGGCGUAUGUCCGAAGUGUAGCCGAGUUUGUGAGUGGGGCGACGCAGCAUGCGAUGUUGCUGGACGAGGCCGACGACGCGUACGAGCAGCGCAUGGCGCAGGCCGAGGCGCAGCUUGUGGCGGCCGCAGCACUGCGCAAGGCCAGAGAGGCCGAGCCGACACCCGAACCGACGGCGGCUUCGCGACGCGGACCGUUCCAGUGGCGCGACUCGACGGAAGAGGCGGGCACUGCGACACCCGCGGCCGAGGAAGCUGACGCCACCCUCCGUUCCGCAGGUCAUACUGCAGCUGCCACUCCGGAGAAGAUCGACGAUGCCCCGGCCGUGCCCGAUGCAAUCGAGCCGUCAGAAGUGGCUGUUCCGGAACUUGCUCCGCUCCCUGUAGCGCUUGCGCAGCUGGUGGAAGAGGAGGUGGUUCGACCCAUCACGCGCAACUCGCUCGACGUACUCCACCUCGUAGCUGCCUACCUUCAGACGCACGCAGAUGCGCCGGGUGUCGAUCUCAUCGAGGCGCGCCUUGGUCGCAACAAGCUGCAUGCGCACCAGCUCGAAGGAAUCGAUCCUGCAGCUUUCGCUGCUUCCCCUACCUCGGCGGGUCAGCCGAUGCCGGCACCGCUGCCGUUCUCAUCCGAACUCGAGUGGCUGCAGACGCAACCCGAGCUCACGCGACUGCUCGACGAAGCGCACCAGGACAUCAACAGUCUCGGCUCGAUCGUCAACUAUGUCAUCCAGAGCGCCUAG